AUGUUUUCAUUACCGACUUUUAUUACGCAUGCGAAAACAAAGACUUUCUUUUUCGUUACGCUACCAUUCUCGUUCUCUCUUUCCCUCUCUUCAUUUCCCUCUCUUUCUCUAUAUAUAAUUCUAUCUCACCCAUUCACACUCUUUUCUCGCUUUUUCUUUCUGUUGGUUCUCUCACUCCCUCCUAUUUUCACCUACUUUAUUUCUGUCUUUUCCACACUAAUUUAUUUUCUCUCUUUUCUCUGCACCGCGUUGUUCUCUCAUUCUCUUUCUAUCGCUGUCUCUGUUUCCAUCAUUUUCUCUCUCUUUUAUCUUCUUCUCUAUAACAGUCUCUUUCCUUUCUCUAUUGUUCCCCUUUCUCUCUCUUUAAUCCAAUGUCUAUCUUUCUGUUUUUUCUACUUCUACUCACGUUUUCUCUCUCUUUCCCCUUUGACUUUUCACCUCUUUCUCUCUUACACUAUCACUAUCUCUGUUUCGUCUCCUUCCCCUCUCUCUCUCUCUUUUUCUUCUAAUUUCUUUAUUACUAUACUCUCUCUUCCAUUCUUUCUUUCUCAAUUUGAUAUUCUCCCUCUCUUUCCACCUCGAGUUUUUUGCCCAUCUCCUUUCUCUUGCCGUCUCUCUUUCCAUCUUUUCUUCUCUCUCCUUUUAGCUAUUUCUUUCUCAUCCCUUUCUCUCUCUCUCUUUUCCGUAUUUUUCUUUCUGCCUUUUUCUCUCAUUGUCUUUCACUUGAUGUCUCUUCCCCUCUUUCACUCACUCUUUAUCUUUUUUCUUUCUUUCUCUCUCUCAAGAGAUGACUUUUGUACAGUUAUUUCUAUCCGUCUUUUUUCUUUCUUAAACUUUUGGUUUUAUUUUCUUUCUAAAUUGCUUUAUCUAUUUGCUCCUUUUUCAUUCAUUUUUUUCUUUUUUUUUAACGUUUACCUUUUAUUUUCUUUCUACUUUUCUUUAUUUAGUUGCUAUUUUUUCAUUCAUUUUUCUUUUUUCUUUCUUUUUUUAACGUUUACCUCUUAUUUUCUUUCUACUUUCUUUUAUUUAUUUGCUCCUUUUUCAUUCAUUCAGACAUUCAUUCAUUCUAUUGUUCUCAGUUUCACUCCUCAAACCAUCUUCAAAACACGGCAAUUAUCUAUCUAUCUAUCUAUCUAUCUAUCUAUCUAUCUAUCUAUCUAUCUAUCUCUAUGUCUCUCUCUCUCAUACACACACUAUCUAUCUAUCUAUCUAUCUAUCUAUCUAUCUAUCUAUCUAUCUAUCCCUAUGUCUCUCUCUCAUACACACACUAUCUAUCUAUCUAUCUAUCUAUCUAUCUAUCUAUCUAUCCCUAUGUCUCUCUCUGAUACACACACACACUAUCUAUCUAUCUAUCUAUCUAUAUAUCUAUCUAUCUAUCUAUCCCUAUGUCUCUCUCUCAUACACACACUAUCUAUCUAUCUAUCUAUCUAUCUAUCUAUCUAUCUAUCUAUCCCUAUGUCUCUCUCUGAUGCACACACUAUCUAUCUAUCUAUCUAUCUAUCUAUCUAUCUAUCUAUCUAUCUAUCUAUCUAUCUAUCUAUCCCUAUGUCUCUCUCUGAUGCACACACUAUCUAUCUAUCUAUCUAUCUAUCUAUCUAUCUAUCUAUCUAUCUAUCUAUCUAUCUAUCUAUCUAUUCCUAUGUCUCUCUCUCUCAUACACACACUAUCUAUCUAUCUAUCUAUCUAUCUAUCUAUCUAUCUAUCUAUCUAUCUAUCUUCGUGUCUGCCUAUAUUGAACUUUAUUACCUCCCAUAUCUGCCUGUAUGUAUUUGCCUUUGUUUUUGUGUAUCUUUCCAUCUCUCUCAGAAUAUUAUGAUCUAUCUAUCUAUCUAUCUAUCUAUCUAUCUAUCUAUCUAUCUAUCUAUUAACCCCUCCCCUUAUUAA